CCAGGUACGUGCCUAGGCUCUUAAGUGGAUACUGAGGUACCUAGGUACCUAGGUGAGGUAAUUCGCAGUCCAUAUCGGGCAAGGAGCUUGGGCCCGCUCGGGCUGAUGGUCAGACCUCGGCCCGUCACCCGUACAUGUACACUACAUCCCCAUGUCGUGAUUGUUUGUCUCCAUCACCCGCACAGGUAGUCACCAAGUCGCUGGGCUCCACACAGGCACGCAAUGGCUGCAAUGGCUUCUCCCACAGACUCGCCCGCGGCCUUCACCACCAGCAGCCCCCCCGUUCCGCGCGGGACCGGGGGCUCUAUCCCCUCCCACACCAUCGCCACGCCAACCUUCGGCCCGGGCGGGUCCUUCAGCAUUGUCUCCUCCAUCAACAUCGCCGCCCCGCCCGACGCUGUCUUCACCGUCCUGCUGGACCACACAAAAUGGCCCGAGUGGAAUCGCUUCAUCCCCAAGCUCACCGUCACCUCCAGCCCCCCGCCAGCCGACCCCUCGCCCGGCGCUGCCGCCCUCGAGGCCCUCAUCCAGCGCGAUGACGGCUCCACUUACCUGAAGCGGGACACCAGGAUGGUCUUCGAUGUCAACCUCAACCCAUCCGACCCAAACUCGGGCUCCACCAACAAGACUUCCAUACAGGUCACCCUGCUCGAGCCCUACGACCACGCCGGGAGGAAGGGCUGGCGCAUCGCCUGGAAGCCAACCGACUACCCCGCCAUGGUCCUGCGCGGCGAGCGCGUCCAGGAGUUCGUCGACGACGGCAACGGCGGCACCGAAUACACGUGCUGGGAGACAAUGUACGGCCUCUUGGGCCCCGUCGUGAGGCUGGCAACCGGCGCAAAGCUCGAGAAAUGCUUCCAGUGCUGGGCUGAGGACCUGAAGAAGAGGUCCGAGGCUCGUGUCGGGGCUGAGACUGCGUCUCCUCUGGGCGGGUGAAAUGAUAAUUCCACGGGUUCCAUGGUCACGGCCAAGUGCACGCGGGGCAUUACGAAAGGUGUGGGCAUAUGAGUCUGUAUUGUGGGUCUCUCGGCUACUGAUAGCUGCAGCAGUAUCUAGUGCGUGUAUAUCAAGACGUCUCUUUCAAGACUCAA